UGCAGCAAUGCUCGGCUGACCGAGGUCCCCAGAGACAUCCCCAACGACACCAACAAGCUCUACCUGGACUCCAACCAAAUCCCCUUCCUGCCCCGCGACGCCUUCCGGGACCUUCCGCUCCUUCUGGAGCUGGAUCUGUCCCACAACGCCAUCGCCAGCGUCGAGAGCGGGGCUUUCCGGGGCCUGGCAGAGCACCUGCACUCCCUGGACUUGUCUUCCAACAGGCUGGUGUCGGUCAGCAAAGAUGCCUUUAGCAACCUGAAGGCCAAGGUCAACCUCUCCAACAACCCUUGGCUGUGUGACUGUCAGCUGCAGGAGCUGAUCCGCACGGUGGACCUGGCGGCCGGCUCCUCGGGCGGCAUCGUGUGCGACUCCUCCACGCAGGAGGAACACAUCGGCAAAGCUUUCCUGCAGGUGAUCGCCGACACGGACUUCUGCAACGUGUACAAAAAGACCACGGACAUCGCCAUGCUGGUCACCAUGUUCGGCUGGUUCGCCAUGGUGAUCUCCUACCUGGUCUACUACGUGCGGCAGAACCAGGAGGACGCCCGACGGCACCUGGAGUAUCUCAAGUCCCUGCCCAGCAAGCAGCGGAGGUCGGAGGA